UCAGGGGGAAAGGGUCAGAGAGGCACUUCGACAAGCAGCAGCUGCACGUUUCUCCAGUGUCCCACCUCAACUUUGGCUUGAGCCAUCAUUUUUAACACUUGACUCACAACCUUGUCUUUCUUCCUGUGGAUGAUUUGGGUUGACAACUGUGUGUCGUCACUACCGAGGAACGUGUUUUUAUUAGAUUCUAGAAGUAACGGGCAGCGGAGAACCUGAGCUAGCAGCAGCUAUAACGAGGCUAUAGCAGGCUAGCUAACGUUAGCUAGCGACCUGGCUAGCUGCACACGAGCUGAGCAUUGCUCGGUGGUGGGGUGGGGGGGCGGAUUGCCUACAGUCUCGUUUGAUGGAUCCGAGAAUCGCCUGGUUUCAACCAGAACAACGUGGACCAGCUAACAACCUGUGGAUGCAGAUUUGGGAGACGACACAAGGGCUCGGGUACUUGCAUGUAAAUAACAGCUACACCACUGGAUCUCAGAGCACGUCGAGCCUGAAAGCGAUUAUCAACGGGGCGUCGGGAGCCGUCCACACCAGCAGAAACGGGGCACUUGACUCAAACACCGGCAGCGGUGAAGCCAGGACUCAGGGGAUGUCGGGCUCAAUGGGGGACGGAGAAAUAACGGAACAGCGGGACUUUAUACCACUGGAAACCAAUAGCAACCACAACAACCGAGCCGCUGGCAGGGGCGGUGUCGGCGGAGGGGGGCAGCAGCAGGGCAGCGGGGUCGCUGUGCUUUGGAGGGGGCUGACAGACGGGCACCCCAACAAAAGGAAAAGAGACAACAAAGCUAGCACUUUCGGAUUCAAUUCCAGCCUCUUGAACAGUGGCAGCGGCUCCAACACAGGGAGCUAUGAUGGUUACACGGGCACGCCAUGGAAAGUCAGGAACUACUCUGAAGGAAUAGUUGGGUUGCACGAGGAGGUCAACGACUUUUACGAGUACAUCUCCCCACGGCCGGAAGAGGAGAAGAUGAGGCUGGAGGUGGUGGACAGGAUCAAGGGAGUCAUCCACGACCUGUGGCCCAGUGCUGAGGUCCAAGUGUUUGGGAGUUUCAGCACUGGUCUUUAUCUUCCAACAAGUGACAUUGACUUGGUAGUUUUCGGCAAGUGGGAGACCCUCCCACUCUGGACGCUGGAAGAGGCUCUCCGGAAGAGAAACGUCGCAGAUGAGAACUCCAUAAAAGUUUUGGACAAAGCAACGGUUCCCAUCAUCAAACUGACAGACUCCUUCACUGAAGUCAAAGUGGACAUUAGCUUCAAUGUGAAAAGUGGCGUUAAAGCUGCUCGGCUCAUUAAGGAAUUCAAAGAGAAAUACCCUGUGCUGCCUUACCUGGUCCUGGUGCUGAAGCAGUUCCUACUGCAGAGGGACCUCAAUGAGGUGUUUACUGGUGGGAUUGGCUCCUACAGUCUCUUCCUCAUGGCUGUCAGCUUCCUACAGCUUCACUACAGGGAGGAUGUUUGUAGUCCCAACAUCAACAUCGGUGUUCUGCUCAUUGAAUUUUUCGAGCUCUACGGUCGCCACUUUAACUACCUGAAAACAGGCAUCAGGAUAAAAGAUGGAGGUUGCUACGUUGCCAAAGACGAAGUUCAGAAGAACAUGAUGGAUGGCUACAGGCCCUCCAUGCUCUACAUUGAGGACCCACUGCAGCCAGAUAAUGAUGUUGGUCGGAGUUCAUACGGUGCCAUGCAGGUGAAGCAGGCAUUCGACUACGCCUAUGUGGUGCUCAGCCACGCUGUGUCACCCAUCGCUAAGUACUAUCCCAAUAAUGAGACUGAGAGCAUACUUGGCCGAAUAAUCCGAGUAACGCAGGAAGUGGAUGAAUAUAGGGAAUGGAUCCGAAAGAACUGGGGGAGCCCGUCUCAGAAUGAGCUGCCACUCAACAGAAAUGAUGUGACACUGUUUGAGUCCCAGCAGCUUGAUGAGUGCAACAACAACGUCCCGGAUGAUGACGAUGAUGUUGUAGUUCUACCGUCGGCUCCCCACAGCAAAACCUCCUCCAAUUCCUCCUCUCCAUCCCCUUCACUGCGCUCCUCUCCCUCCUCUUCUCCACUUUCGCCUUCUUCCACGUCUUCAACCUCCAGCUCCAGCGAUGCGGACUCUGAUGGCACGCCGUGUAAGACAGCCAAGCAGCAGUCUGGCAGGGGCUCCAGCGCCCACAGAGAAAAGUCUGCGGUUGUCAACAAUAACCGAACACAGAGCCACACUACCAGCACUCCAUCUGGAAGCAACAAGGGAGGAAAGGCCAGGAUGUCUCGUUCGCACCAUAAGGGCGGCCACCACGGACAGCAGAGCUCCUCCUCCAGCACCAAAAGUCAUCAGAGCAACAAGCCACACCACCAGGGCAACAGCAAGAAGAGGAAAAAUGUGCGAGACUCGACACAAGAGGACCUCUGCAGAUAGGGGUGACCUUGCCUGCCCCCGCCCCCCCCCAAGCCCCGCCCCCAUCCUCGUCUGCAACUGACUGACUGUCCUGUCCCACUUCUGCUGCCAGACUCCAGCCUCGGGAGGUUGUUAAAAGUAUUAAAACAUCUACAGUAUAUGUCUCUCUGUCCGGCUUUUCGGGGCGACAAGCAACAAUUUCUAGCAGACGUAAAAAAAGAACAAAAAAAAGAAAGAAUUGUAAUAGGAAAUGGGGUUUAAUUUCUUGGACCUGAACUGAAAUCACAAAGGAUAAAUGCUCAUUUGCUUCCCAAUAGCUUCUUUUAUGGAGCGGUUUUUCCUUCCCACAGCCAGCACCUACACAACAUGCCUCUUGCGCCUCCUGCUGUACAGGAAUAGACAGGUCGGGUGUCUGGAAUCUACUCUGGAGCAAUACCUGGAACUGCUGGCUGGAAAAUAUGAUGAAAAAUUUUAUCGAAUAUAAAAAAAAAAGAA